UCAUGACACUGUCACUCUCUGCUGCCCAUAGCGGCGAAUUAAUCCAGCAUCUCUGCACUGGGCGAAUGGAUACGGGAAAAUGCAGUGAAAAUAUGUAAUUCAGCACAUUUUCAAUGUUUUAACAAUUGCGAUGAGGGAAAGAAAGUAUGAGAGGGUGGAUUUUUUCUUGUGCCACUGCGGAGUAAGGGCCGUUAUUUUGAGAGAAAUGCGGAGUCUUUUUCCCCAUAGGUGUUAACGCAGAAAAUACAAGAUGAAGAAGCAAUUCAAUCGAAUGCGACAGCUCGCCAACCAAACGGUGGGCAGGGCAGAAAAAACUGAAGUGUUAAGCGACGAUCUUCUGCAGGUGGAGAAGCGGUUGGACCUGGUCAAACAGGUGACCCACAGCACUCACAAGAAGCUGACGGCCUGCCUGCAGGGUCAGCAAGGGGCUGAAGAGAGAGAGAAGAAAUCAGUCAAGUCUCCCUCGAAAAAGCUCCCACUAACCAUCCUGGCACAAUGUAUGGUAGAAGGAGCUGCUGUGCUAGGGGACGACUCUCUACUAGGGAAGAUGCUGAACCUGUGUGGGGAGACAGAGGAGAAGCUGGCCCAGGAACUGAUUCAGUUUGAGUUCCAGAUAGAGAAGGAUGUGGUGGAGCCUCUCUAUGAGCUGGCUGAGGUGGACAUUCCCAACAUCCAGAAACAGAGGAAACAUUUAGCCAAGCUGGUGCUGGACAUGGACUCAGCUCGCACACGGUUUCACCAGUCGUCCAAGUCCUCCAGUCACCCUAGCAACCUGCAGGCGGGCGGGGCCAAGGGCGAGGCCCUCAGAGAGGAGAUGGAAGAGGCAGCCAAUAGGAUGGAGAUCUGCAGGGAUCAACUAUCAGCGGAUAUGUAUAAUUUUGUGGCCAAAGAAAUAGACUAUGCAAACUACUUUCAGACGCUCAUAGAGAUCCAGGCAGAAUAUCACAGGAAGUCUCUAGAGAUCCUCCAGAGUGUCCUGCCCACCAUUAAAGCUCACCAGGAGGCGUGGGUGGAGAAGCCUUCGUAUGGCAAGGCCCUGGAGGAACACCUGACCAUCAGCAGCAGAGAGAUCGCCUUCCCCAUCGAGGCCUGUGUCACAAUGCUGCUGGAGUGUGGCAUGCAGGAGGAGGGUCUGUUCAGAGUGGCCCCCUCGGCCUCCAAGCUGAAGAAGCUGAAGGCCUCCCUGGACUGUGGUGUGAUGGACGUACAGGAGUAUUCAGCUGACCCUCACGCCAUCGCAGGGGCUCUGAAAUCAUACCUCCGUGAGCUUCCAGAGCCACUGAUGACCAGUGAACUUUACGAGGACUGGAUUCAGGCGUCAAAUAUUCAGGAUAUGGACAAGAGACUACAAGCUCUGCUGGCGGCGUGUGAAAAACUACCAACUGACAACUUCAACAAUUUCAGAUACUUAAUCAAGUUCCUAGCCAAGCUAGGAGAUGAUCAGGACUCCAACAAGAUGACUCCUGGUAACAUGGCCAUAGUUCUGGGUCCCAACCUGCUCUGGACUCACUCCAACGAGAGUGGGAACGUGACAGAGAUGAUGACCACAGUGUCUCUUCAGAUUGUGGGGAUCAUAGAACCCAUCAUACAACACGCUGACUGGUUCUUCCCUGGAGAUAUUGAGUUUAAUCUGACAGGCUGCUACGGCAGUCCCGUCCACACCAACCACAACUCAAACUACAGCUCCAUGCCUUCGCCAGACAUGGACCAAUCAGAACGCAAGCUGCCGCACGACCAUGGCAGACGCCCACUCAGCGUUGCCACUGACAACAUGAUGCUAGAAUUCUACAAGAAGGAUGGCAGCAUAAGGAAAAUACAAAGUAUGGGUGUACGGGUGAUGGACACGUCCUGGGUGUCCCGUAAGGGUUCGUCCACCCUGGCCCGUAAGGCCUCGUCCACCCCUCCCAGUGUCCAGGGUCCUGGUUCCCCUGCUGACCACUCCCUCAUCCUGGAGCAGCCUGGAGAGCUGGCCCAGUCCCCCUCACCCCCACCUCAACCUGGGGAAAGGGACCGGAUUGGCUCAGACGACGUGUCGCCCAAUCGGCCGGACUCCUCUCAUGUCUACCCUCCCCCCGGGCCAGGGGAGGUGCGGCCGCCCCCUCCCUACCCCACCUCCACCCUACCCCACCCCGCCCCCCACCACUUCUACCCCCACCCCAAGGUCCUACCCUGUCCUCGCCCCGUGGCCCCAGGGCCAGAGUCACAGCCCCCCGGCUCCCCUCCUCUCCCGCUGCGAUGGUCUGGCUUCACCCCCCCUCUCCCGCCUCCCACCUCCUCCUCUUCCUCCUCCUCUUCCUCGCUUGACAUCAACUCCAACCCCAAACCCAGCUGCCUGCAUUUCCCCUCCAAACAUGGCCUCCCGCACGGCCACCCGCUGCCAGGUGACAUGUCACUGCCGCCUCAUGCUCCCCUGCCCCCCGAUAUGUGUAAGGCCUCGCCCCUCUACAUGAAAACCCCCCUGGUACUGGCCCGUCAUGACCUGUCCCUGGGCAUGAGCAUGGGCAACCCCCCUAGCCUGCUGUCCUCCGCCCCCCCGCUGUGGGCUACAUGUCCCUGUGCCAGAGAGAGAGGACUCCCCAGGCUGACUAGUACACUGAGGAGUAAGGAGAGCUCUCCAGUGAUUGGUCACAAGGGGGUGCAGGUGGCAGGUCCGACGGUGCCCCCUGGCGUUGGCCAGCAGAGCUGCAGCCAGUCUCCCCACUCCACAGAACACAGCCCACACACCAUGCGCCAAGGCUCUAAGAAGCUGGCCCCUAUCCCUCCAAAGGUUCCAGCUGGGUACGGCCAGUCGGGUGGUUCUGGUGGGAUUUCGGACCAGUCCACAGGUCAGCCGUCGCCGGUCAGCCUGUCCCCCACUCCUCCGAGCACCCCCUCCCCCUAUGGACUGGCCGGUCCCCCACAGGCCCCUGGAGGACUAGGGGCCUCCUCCCCCGGUCAGAACCCUCUCUGUGGCUCCCUAGGGUCCCUGGGGUCCCUGUCCUCCCCCCCUUCUCUGACCGGCACGCUGGGCAAGUCUCGGCCCACCCCUAAGCCCCGGCAGAGGCCCAGCCUGCCCCCUCCUCAGCCGCCCACCGUCCCUCAGCCGGGGGCCACCCCUGUUGGCCCUGGGCCCCUGGAGCAGGGCAUCCUGGACGGACUGUCACCCGGGGAGAGCAUGUCCACAGAUUACUUCAAUUAUGAAAUCCCCUCCAUCAAUGUGAACCUGGACAGCCUCAUCGACGAGUUCAGCGGUGCUGCCCCCUGCAGGCGCUACGGAGCGGUGACACACUCUCCUCCCCCGGGGAGAGACGAAAACCCAGACCACGACCCCUACGCCGUGCCUGAGGACGACGAACCCCAGGACACCACCUUAUGACAUCAUUACCCUGAGACUGCCCGAUGAUGUGACAUCAUCAGAGCUCGCCCGAGGCUGGCACAGUGGCGCUCCUACAUCCAGCUAGCUGUACAUACUGUUAGACUGUAAUGCUCGCUCGCUCACACCGCACUGCCACGACGCUCCCAGACAAAACAAACAAACAAGGCUUCUUCUUAUACACCACAAUGCUCAACUGACCUUUGACCUGAAACUCCAGGUCUGAACAAUGACCUCUGACCUGGAACUCCAGGACUGAACCUUGACCUCUGACCUGGAACUCCAGGACUGAAUCCCCCCCCCCCCCUCACAUUAUGCUAUACCUGCAGGCUGCAAGCAAAACUCAUCUCUUAGAAAUACUACGCAAAUAGUAAUGUAAAGUCAAUGUGAGGAAACAAUAACACACCACAUGCCAUAUAGAGGAGGACCAGUUGCCUUUGGAAGAAAGAAGACAUAUGGAUUACAUGGAGGAGUAUUAAUGCCAUGUUCAGUAUUAUGUUUUAUUUUUGCUUUGUGGGAUACUACAGUUUUUUCCUCUCUUUGAAACAGUGAUCAGUAUUUUUUGUGACUUUUUAAGUAUUUUUUUUUUGCCUUAUAUGAAAAGCCUGCACUUAAAUUGCAAUACAUGCAUCGCAUACUCACAAAUACUUUGCCCUGACCCUAAAGGAAGGAAACUCGUAACCUGACUGGUUGGGUAGAUGUGUGGGUAAAGUGGGUCUGACUGGUUGUGUAGAUGUGUGGGUAAAGUGGGUCUGACUGGUUGUGUAGAUGUGUGGGUAAAGUGGGUCUGAAUGGUUGGGUAGAUGUGUGGGUAAAGUGGGUCUGACUGGUUGUGUAGAUGUGUGGGUAAAGUGGGUCUGACUGGUUGUGUAGAUGUGUGGGUAAAGUGGGUCUGAUUGGUUGGGUAGAUGUGUGGGUAAAGUGGGUCUGACUGGUUGUGAAGAUGUGUGGGUAAAGUGGGUCUGACUGGUUGGGUAGAUGUGUGGGUAAAGUUGGUCUGAUUGGUUGGGUAGAUGUGUGGGUAAAGUGGGUCUGAUUGGUUGGGCAGAUGUGUGGGUAAAGUGGGUCUGACUGGUUGUGAAGAUGUGUGGGUAAAGUUGGUCUGAUUGGUUGGGUAGAUGUGUGGGUAAAGUGGGUCUGACUGGUUGUGUAGAUGUGUGGGUAAAGUGGGUCUGAUUGGUUGGGUAGAUGUGUGGGUAAAGUGGGUCUGAUUGGUUGGGUAGAUGUGUGGGUAAAGUGGGUCUGAUUGGUUGGUUAGAUGUGUGGGUAAAGUGGGUCUGAUUGGUUGGUUAGAUGUGUUGGUAAAGUGGGUCUGACUUGUUGUGUAGAUGUGUGGGUAAAGUGGGUCUGACUGGUUGUGUAGAUGUGUGGUUAGGGGGUCUUCAGGGUCAUUGUGUGUAGUGUACUGUAUUCCUAACAGGGUAAUAUGAUGAGAUAGUUAUUAGUCCUAGUUUUCUGCACACUAUAGAGAUGAUGAUGAACAGAGUCUAUUGAAUAAUGCAGUAUGAAAUGCAUAACUAACCCUAUUCUGUGAAGGGUUUGGGUCCAUUCCAUUUCAAUUCGGUCAAUUUAGGAAGCAAAGUGUUUACUUUCUGAAUGACUGAAUUGAAAUGGAAUGGACCCCAACCCUGAUGUCUGUGUCACCCCUGGCCCCAGUCCCUAUUCUUUCCAUGUCUAUCCCAUGUACACAUAUCUGCAUUGAUACACAGUUAGGAGACAUCGGUAGGACUGCUUUGUAAGUAGCAAUAAUGUAUUUGUACAGGGUUAAAGAGGAAUUCACGCACAUAUUUUCACCAGCACAGUAUUAGAAUGUCUUUGGAAUAGAACUCAGUAUAUUGUUGCUGUUCUCAGAAGGGGUUUUCAACUAUCAAACUGUAUCGUUAGACAAUAAUGAUGGACAUGAAAUAUGUUUUCGAGUUGGGUCCAGAAUACUAACUAGCCAUUUGAUUUAUGUCCCCAAAAUGAAGGCCCCUUAUUGCUUAAAACCUGUCUGGAUCCAAUAGCAGAGCUGUGCUCACAGAGACUGAGGAGUGACAUCAUACCUUUCACACUCAGGAGUGACAUCAUACCUUUCAGACUGGGGAGUGACAUCAUACCUUUCAGACUGGGGAGUGACAUCAUACCUUUCAGACUGGGGAGUGACAUCAUACAAUUUAGACGAGGGAGUGACAUCAUACAUUUCAGACUGGGGAGUGACAUCACACCUUUCAGACUGGGGAGUGAGUGACAUCAUACCUUUCAGACUGGGGAGUGACAUCAUACCUUUCAGACUGGGGAGAGACAUCAUACCUUUCAGACUGGGGAGUGAGUGACAUCAUACAUUUCAGACUGGGGAGAGACAUCACACCUUUCAGACUGGGGAGUGAGUGACAUCAUACAUUUCAGACUGGGGAGAGACAUCACACCUUUCAGACUGGGGAGUGACAUCACACCUUUCAGACUGGGGAGUGACAUCAUACCUUUCAGACUGGGAGUGACAUCAUACCUUUCAGACUGGGGAGUGACAUCACACCUUUCAGACUGGGGAGAGACAUCAUACCUUUCAGACUGGGAGAGACAUCAUACCUUUCAGACUGGAGAGAUACAUUUUACCCUUUUCAUACUUCUGAGCUGAGCAGAACCGCGCUGUAUUGUUCUGGCCUGGUUACACCUCCACUAAAGCUGCUGGAUCCAUGCUGGAAAGAACCUUUUAAAAGGAAAAUAUCCAAGCCAGCACAAUACUGUUUGGGUUUGCAAGAUAGUGUGAAAAGGGUAUUAGAGCUUGAUACAGAGGGGUCAGUCUCAGAGGACCAAUUAUGUUCCUCCUCAAAACUGCUCAUAAAACAACCAAUCAGAUCCAAAGGUUCCAAAGACUGCUUCAGGUUCGAAAUAUGUUUCUCUCUUAACUCCAGGCUCUGUAGUCCAGGCUCUGUAGUCCAGGCUCUGUAGACCAGGCUCUGUAGACCAGGCUCUGUAGACCAGGCUCUGUAUUCCAGGCUCUGUAGACCAGGCUCUGUAGUCCAGGCUCUGUAGUCCAGGAUCUGUAGACCAGGCUCUGUAUUUCAGGCUCUGUAGACCAGGCUCUGUAUUUCAGGCUCUGUAGACCAGGCUCUGUAGUCUAGGCUCUGUAGUCUAGGCUCUGUAGUCCAGGCUCUGUAGUCCAGGCUCUGUAGUCCAGGCUCUGUAGUCUAGACUCUGUAGUCCAGGCUCUAUAGUCCAGGCUCUAUAGUCCAGGCUCUGUAGACCAGGCUCUGUAGACCAGGCUCUCUAGUCCAGGCUCUGUAGACCAGGCUCUGUAGUCCAGGCUCUGUAGACCAGGCUCUGUAUUUCAGGCUCUGUAGUGCAGGCUCUGUAUUUCAGGCUCUGUAGACCAGGCUCUGUAGUCCAGGCUCUGUAGUCCAGGCUCUGUAUUCCAGGCUCUGUAGUCCAGACUCUGUAGUCCAGGCUCUGUAGACCAGGCUCUGUAGUCCAGGCUCUGUAUUUCAGGCUCUGUAUUUCAGGCUCUGUAGUCCAGGCUCUGUAUUUCAGGCUCUGUAGUCCAGGCUCUGUAGACCAGGCUCUGUAGUCCAGGCUCUGUAGUCCAGGCUCUGUAUUUCAGGCUCUGUCGUCCCGGCUCUGUAGUCCAGGCUCUGUAGUCCAGGCUCUGUAGUCCAGGCUCUGUAGUCCAGGCUCUGUAGUCCAGGCUCUGUCGUCCCGGCUCUGUCGUCCAGGCUCUGUCGUCCAGGCUCUGUCGUCCAGGCUCUGUCGUCCAGGCUCUGUAGACCAGGCUCUGUAGACCAGGCUCUGUCGUCCAGGCUCUGUAGUCCAGGCUCUGUAGUCCAGGCUCUGUAUUUCAGGCUCUGUCGUCCAGGCUCUGUAGUCCAGGCUCUGUAGUCCAGGCUCUGUAUUUCAGGCUCUGUCGUCCAGGCUCUGUAGUCCAGGCUCUGUCGUCCAGGCUCUGUCGUCCAGGCUAGGUAUUUCAGGCUCUGUGAUCUUCGACCCUAUAGUGUAAAUACAAAGAACUGUACAUAAAUAUGUGUAUAAACCUAAGAGGUAAAGUGUAAUGUAAAGGCAAAUCUUCAUUAUACAUAUAUAUUAAUAUAUGUGAUGAAAUAUUUAUUAUGUGUAGAGAAAUGAUAUGAUAAAUAAUGUGAUGUUUAUUUUUGUCCCCUGCACACGAUUUAUUACCAGAUUCACACACAACAACACAACAGACAUGUGACGCUGCGGAAACAUGAGUGAAGAAAGAUAUUACUGUUCUGGGAGGGCCCCUUAGUAAAUCACCAAGAAAUACUCCGUCAAAAAAGCCAUCUUUAUACAAAUAUACCCUGCAUUUGAACGCUAUACGCAUAUAGAGGAAGAAGUGGCGGUUUACUGAUUUGGUUUUUGGAAGAUAUGUUGCCAAGGAUAGUCCAGAUAAUAUGAGGAAUCAAUCAGAGAUGGUGAUGGAUAGGUGGCUCGUUCCACCACUACGGUGCCUUUUAAGAAGUGUAACUCGGUCAAAGGAAACGUUUGAUUUGACCUAAUUUUCACAUUCUGUCAUGAAAAACACAUUUUCCAUCUCAAGAGGUGAAAUAAAAAGCAUUACUAUAGUAAGUGCCUAUUCCGUGCCAAAUAAAGUAACGGGGUUGGCGAUUUCUUCUUAAAUCAGCCAUAAACCCCCCUGUGACACGGGGGAAUGGACGUUUGCUGUGUGCAACAGGGAGGGGAGAGGCAAUUGAAUGUAAACUUAAACAAUGAGAAAUAGUGAAAACAUUUCAAUCUUGUCUAUCUAUGGGUAACAGGGUGUUCUGCUGGACCGGCUCAGUUUCCCUCUACAAAACACCAGAAGAUGACCACAAACAGUCCGACCGGCUUUUACUCUAUGAUUUGACUAUUAGAUGUUCAAAGUUCCCCCCCCCCCCACAAAAAAAAUAUAAAAAAUGAACAGUUUCAGCAUUAUUAGAACGAGAGUUCAGUUCACGUCACAGACUUGAACUUAAAUAUUAGGGACAUAUGUAAAUGAAUCACUAAUCACAUAAUAAUAAUUCUCAGAAAUGACUUUAUCAAAGUAACAAAUUAAACUAAGGCUUUAUAAUUAUGUUGAAACUUUGUGACAUUUUGUGGAUUAAACUGGUUAAAAUCUUUCUAAAAGUGUCACAGGGUUGACGGAGGGACGUGUCAAAAUUGUGAUUUUAUUAAAUGACCAAUGUGGUCUUCCUUUAAUAUGAGAGGCUUUUCAAUAUUGGUGCACAAUUUCUCUACUUCAAAUAUCCAAGGGGCCAAAAGGAACUCUUUCCGUGGAACGACUCAGUUGUAUUUGACACAGUGCACGCCUAACAUUGGAAACUAAACAUUCAGCCUGUCAUCUUAGAUUCCUCUGCGUCUUUUAAACAACCACCAGGACUGCUUGGAGACAACAGUCACAGACAGCUGCUAUGACAUCAUCACAGCACAUACUGUGCCAUUACGUUGUUUACUUUCAUACCCUCAGAGUCAAAAACAGACCCCAGCCUACCCUACAGUAUAAACCCUGCCCUACCCUAGAGUAAAGACCCCACCCUACCCUACAGUAUAGACCCCACCCUACCCUACAGUAUAAACCCUACCCUACCCUACAGUAUAGACGCCACCCUACCCUACAGUAUAGACCCCACCCUACCCUACAGUAUAGACCCCACCCUACCAUACAGUAUAGACCCCACCCUACCCUACAGUAAAGACCCCACCCUACCCUACAGUAUAAACCCCACCCUACCCUACAGUAUAGACCCCACCCUACCCUACAGUAUAGACCCCACCCCACCCUACAGUAUAGACCCCACCCUACCCUACAGUAUAGACCCCACCCUACCCUACAGUAUAGACCCCACCCUACCCUACAGUAUAGACCCACCCUACCCUACAGUAAAGACCCCACCCUACCCUACAGUAUAGACCCCACCUUACCCUACAGUAUAGACCCCACCCUGCCCUACAGUGAAGACCCCACCCUACCCUACAGUAUAGACCCCACCCUACCCUACAGUAUAGAGGCCACCCUACCCUACAGUAUAGACCCCACCCUACCCUACAGUAUAGACCCCAACCUACUCUACAUUAUAGACCUCACCCUACCCUACAGUAUAGACCCCACCCUACCCUACAGUAUAGACCCCACCCUACCCUACAGUAUAAACCCCACCCUACCCUACAGUAUAGACCCCACCCUACCCUACAGUAUAGACCCCACCCCACCCUACAGUAUAGACCCCAACCUACUCUACAGUAUAGACCCCACCCUACCCUAAAGUAUAGACGCCACCCUACCCUACAGUAUAGACCCCACCCUGCCCUACAGUAUAGACCCCACCCUACCCUACAGUAAAGACCCCAACCUACCCUACAGUAUAGACCCCACCCUACCCUACAGUAAAGACCCCACCCUGCCCUACAGUAAAGACCCCACCCUACCCUACAAUAUAGACACCACCCUACCCUACAGUAUAGACCCCACCCUACCCUACAGUAUAGACCCACCCUACCCUACAGUAUAGACCCCACCCUACCCUACAGUAUAGACCCCACCCUACCCUACAGUAUAGACCCCAACCUACCCUAGAGUAAAGACCCCACCCUACCCUACAGUAUAGACCCCACCCUACCCUACAGUAUAGACCCCACACUACCCUACAGUAUAGACCCCACCCUACCCUACAGUAUAGACCCCACCCUACCCUACAGUAUAGACCCCACCCUACCCUACAUUAUAGACCCCACCCUACCCUACAGUAUAGACCCCACCCUACCCUACAGUAUAGACCCCACCCUACCCUACAGUAUAGACCCCACCCUACCCUACAGUAUAGACUGUGACUGGAACUCGCUUUUCAAUGCCUAUAUCAGGUGCUCCAGUGAAUGUAAUUAGCUCCAAUAAGUGUGAUGAGCUCAAUAUUAGGAGUUGAGGAAUAUAAUCACUGUCAUUAGAAAGAUUCUACUAUUUUAUACUGCAGUACCUCCAUGAACCCCUGGGGGGUGUGAACCCCCGGUCAAAUACCUCUGCAGUGUUGUUGUAUGGUAUGCCUCAGUCAGAAUGUGUUCUUGUCAAUUAACUGCGAUGUUUAUGUAGAUCUUGGUGAUAAACACUGAGUUAUAUUGAUAGUGGUGGAGAUUAUACACUAUGACGAUUUGCUAGUGCCCUCACAUUGGUUAUUUACGUUUUUAAUUUAUAAGAGUUUACUGUCUGUGCUGGCUUCAUAUAUUUUCUGUGAGGAUGCGUGGCAGGGGUGUCUUUCAAACGAUAUAUUAUUGUGUUAACUACCAACCCCAAACCUCAUGUCCCUUCAUCCAGUCUAUUUUAACCACCAACCCCAAACCUCAUGUCCCUUCAUCCAGUCUGUUUUAACCACCAACCCCAAACCUCAUGUCCCUUCAUCCAGUCUGUUUUAAACACCAACCCCAAACCUCAUGUCCCUUCAUCCAGUCUGUUUUAACCACCAACCCCAAACCUCAUGUCCCUUCAUCCAGUCUGUUUUAACCACCAACCCCAAACCUCAUGUCCCUUCAAUCCAGUCUGUUUUAACUACCAACCCCAAACCUCAAGUCCCUUCAUCCAGUCUGUUUUGCUGUUACAGAUCAACUUGUUUACUUGUCGUUUUUGAGGUUUAUUCUGAUUUAUGGAUAGAGGGGAAAAUGUGACACUGUCAUGGAUUUAGGUAGUCUUUUGAUAAUCCAUGACGCGUCAAUCACUGUCUUUUUAGGGAUAUAUUUAUAAUCAACUAUUUUAGGGGCACCUACAAAAUGCAAUGUGAUAUUAUAGAUGAUAUGUGGAAAUUGAUUGAUGUGCGUUGAUUGGUCAAGAUGAGUUCAUGACGAUGAGGGCGUCAUGGGUUGAAAGAGGAAUGGCUGUUGCCCUGGAGUUGGAGUAGAGUGAAUUUGGCAUUAGACGCUGACCCUGGGUCAGUGUAACAUUUCCCCCACAUAUGGUUAAUACUAGGAAUGAGGGAGGGGAAGCUGAUCCUACAUCAGUAUCCUGUACCUAUCCUUCACCUUCAGGGGAGCUGUUGCCCGUUGGAUGUACUGCCUCCUCCUUUCUUCUGCUUUUCAUAACUAGUGUAGAAACAAAGCUGCUGUCCCUCCCGCUCGGCAAGACCACCGCCACGCCCCGCCUCCACAACGCUAAGCCCCGCCUACCCCUUUCCCUCUGCUUAGCAUAUAAAGUGGAACACAGUCAGUGUGUACUGUGAAGCCUACCGCAAUCCUUAUCAGAAUGUCAAGAAUAAAUAUAUAUAUAUUAAACUCUACAUUUUUAAUAA